AUGGGAUUCCAAGCCAGUCGUAAAGUUCACAAACAAAAAGUCAAAGGAGGACAUUAUUACGAGUCGGAACAUACUUUAAAAUCGAGAAUUGGUGUGGAUUAUACCACAGGAAUCAAUUGCGAAAAAUGUCUUAAUGGAUAUUAUCGGCCAACUGGUGUACUUCCAUCUCAUUCUGAAUCUUGCAAAAAAUGCGAUUGCAGCGAAUAUGGUACUUCAGAUGAAAACCCUUGCGAACAGUAUGGUGACAUAGCUGGAUCCUGCAUUUGCAAGCCUGGAUAUACAGGAAUACGAUGCGAUACUUGUAUCCCUGGAUUUAGAGGAUACCCCAAUUGCGAAUCGUGCCCUUGUGAUCCUAAGGGUAUGGUCAAUCCAGAAGAUUGUUCAGGAGCUUGUCUUUGCAAAACAAACGUGGAAGGCAAAUACUGCGAUCGAUGUAAAUCAGGAUAUUUUGGUCUAAGUUAUGAACAGCCCGAAGGUUGCCUACCUUGUUUCUGUUCGGGAGUUACUACGCUGUGUGAAAUAGCUAGGAUAGAGUCAAAAAAUGGCAACUUUGGUCUUCCCAACGUUGAAAAUCUCUAUUGGUUAGCGCCAAAAGUACCUAGGAAAUCAGUUAGAAGCAUACGGUUCUUCGUUCAAUUUGGCGUCCAGUGGGUUGUAAUGCGAGGCGAUACCAGCGGAGAACCAACUAUAGGACCUACCAUGAUCCUUGUUGGAACCAAUGGCCUACAAUUGGGUUCGGAGAUGGCAUUUAUGGGUCACAGAAGAUGGGGUUUGAAGUGCCUUUAA